AUGGAAAAGGCUAUAAGAUCUCGCAUAAGUUACAUUAGUAAGGACAAUGGAUCUGAGUCGUUAGAUAAGCAUGGAAUAACUGAACUUAUCCUUGAUGGGUCCAAAUUCAAAAAUAUUACGGUCGAGGAGGGCAAACUGCUCAAGGAAUUUAAAAAUCUGACAAAAAUGUCCCUUAAUGGUACUGGAAUCAAUUCCCUUGAAAAUUUUCCAGAAAUUCCUACUUUACAAGUAUUAGAACUAACUGAUAAUUACUUGUCUGACCCCCUAGUUUUCACACUAAUUCCACGCCUCUUCCCCAACCUUAAAACGUUGCAGUUAGGUGGUAACUAUUUCAAGUCCAUAGAAGACAUUAAACCAUUGGCUUCUAUGCAGAAACUCAAAAUUCUAGGUCUAGCCAUGAAUCCCCUUGCUAAAUCUCCUAACUACCGGGAGCAGGUUUUCAACUAUUUACAUGACAUACAAGUGUUGGAUCACAAUGAUAGGACAGGAGCAGAGAGGUUGAUCGAAUCUGAUAGUGAAAAUGAAGAUGAUCUUUCAUCAGAAGAGUGUGAUGAUCUGCUAAAGAAAUUCUACGAUGCAGAAUACAAGACAGAUGAUGAAGACGACGAAUUUGUACCCGAGGAAAAUCAGUCAGAAGAUGAUGAUAUAAUUUCCGACGAAUCGUUAGAUGAAAAUGAAAAUGAUGAUGAGGAGGAUGAGGAGGAAUACUCAGAAAAAAAAUUACGCGAAAAGAGGGUCAUUAAUGCGGACCAGGAGGAGGGGGGAGACAAGAAGUUGAAAUCAUAG